GGGCCUGGCAGAGGGAGCCGCUGGGCGCGCGGAGCCCACCCCCGCCUCCCCCCGGAGCGCCGCGCCCUCGCCCCCGCCCCGCCCCCUCCCAGCAACCGCCGCCGAGACAUGGCGAGUGCGGGGUCUCCGCGGCAGCAGCAGGGCGCAGAGGCGGGCGGCGGCGGCGGUCGGGAGGUACCCGGGGCUCGGAGCGCGGCGGCUGGGAGGCUCCAGCCGCAGGCCCCGGAGACAGCGGCCGGAGAUGAGGAGCCGGAGCAGGUGGCAGGCGGGGCCGCGCCCGCGCUGCUGGGGGAGACCGGGCUGGCGCUGGGCGGCUGCAUCGCGGCUGCUCUGAGCUGGGAGAGGCCGCUCCGCAGCCUGGGCGGCUUCGUCUGCGCCAACCUGCUGUUCUGGUUCCUUGCACUGACCCCUUGGAGAGUAUAUCAGCUGACUUCUCUCAUAAUACUUGGGGUUGUAAUUAUGCAGACAAUCAAGGAUAUGGUAUUGUCUCAGAUAAAAGAUGCACAGCUAUGGAGGAGCCUCACUGACAGCUGGGAAGUCAUCAAUUCCAAACCUGACUACAGGCCCAGAAUAAACCAAUGUAUUGCAGAUGCAUUGGUGAAUUUAUUUCUGUUUCUUCAAGAAAUGUCAGACUUCAAAGAGAAAAACCCUGGCAAGUUCUGCCUUCUGGUCUGCAGUGUGUGUACAUUUUUCACUGUCUUGGGUAGUUACAUUCCUGGAAUUGUACUCUCCUACUUUCUAUUACUGUGUGCCUUUUUAUGUCCGCUGUUCAAGUGCAAUGAAUUUGGGCAGAAGAUGUGCAACAAAAUCAAGUCAGUUCUGCUGAAACUGGAUUUUGGAAUCGGGGACUAUAUCAACCAAAAGAGAAGAGAAAGAUCUGAAACUGCAAAACCAAAAUCCACGGAAGAUGAUAGUGAAUUAGACAUAUCAGCCCUGUGUCCUAAGAUUAGUCCUACAGUUAUUGCUAAAGAGCUAUCGGUGUCUGAUACAGAUGUAUCAGAGGUAUCUUGGACUGAUAAUGGGACCUUUAAUUUAUCUGAGGGAUACACUCCACAGACAGACACAUCUGAUGAUUUUGACAGACCUAGUGAUCAUGAAGAAGCUUUUGCCAGAGAUCUUGCAGAAUUUCCCUCUUUAGAAAAUGGUGUAGGAACAAAUGAUGAUGAUGAUUCGAGCAUUGGCAUGCCCAUCCAGCAGAAGAGAAAAAAGGAACAGAUGCCUUCCAAGGUGGCUCAUUCUCCCAGACAGAGGAAAGAAAGGCAGUCUGCCACAGGCCUUUCCCUUCUUUUGACCAGUGACCAAACCUUUAACUUAGUGAGUGAUAUUGCUGGUGAUGUUGUUGCAGCUGCAGUGUCUGCCGCCAUCAAAGACCAGUUGAAGUCCACACAGCAAGCACCCUCACAGGUAGUCUCCAGUUUGAGUGAGGAGACAGACACAGAAGAAGCUGAUGAUUUUGAACUGCUUGACCAAUCAGAGCUUGAGCAGAUUGAGGGUGAACUGGGGCUUACACAAGGCCAAGAAGAAAAGCCACAGGAAAAAAAGAAAUCAUCAGGCUUCCUUUCAAAUCUGCUUGGAGGUCAUUAACCUGGAAAUUGGAGCUAGUAACAUAGCAGAAAUGAAACAAAACAUCAAAUGCAAAAAAAGGAAAAUGCUCAGCUGUAAGCUCUAACUAUUACUUCAGAUGUGUUGUAAUAAUGUCCUUACACAGAGUGAAUUAAUUGGAUACGUAUCAGCUGACCUUGAUAGUUUAAUGUUUCUGAUAGCUAUGCCUCAAUGUAGUAGCAUGAAAUGAAGUAUCUAGCCCCUCUUUGGUCACUGAUGAAUGUUAGAGGUCAGUUGUUAUUUAAGAAAAAAUUAAAUUGCCAAAUCUAGAUUUCGGGGUCCUCAGCCAAAUGCUCUCCGCCUUCAGUUUGUUUACACUUAGUUUUCAAGACUCCAAAGCAGUUAACGAUAUGUAUAGUGAAGAGAAAUUAUGAAUAGGAUGCAGUGAGAUAAGCAAAAUCUUCUUAUCUGCCUCUAUUAUAGUGAAAUAUCUAGAUCCCUAUGGUUAUUGUGUGUGGCACGUUUGAUGUCCAUGAAUACUUUAUUAGCAUAAGCCUCAAAUUUAAGGAUGUGUGCAACACCAUCAAAAUUAACAAAAGUUCUGUUGCAUAUGUAAACUUUCAAAUUAAUUUUUUGAUAAGCUGAUACAUUUCCAAGUUAUCUCUGAUGUUUUAGGCUUGUAGAGUUAUGAAAUGGCAUGCUACUAAAUUGAUCACCUGCUGUAUUUUCUGCUAGAGUCUGGUACUGGGCAGUAAUGUCCAUAAAGAGCAAGGCAAAAACAAUGUUACACUUGAGAUUAUGAAUAUCAUGUAAACUGAACAAGGCCUUUGUUGUUUUGUUUUUUAAUUUUAGUUUGGAAUAGGGAAGCCAAGAAUAUUAAAGGUGAACAGAGAGGCUUUUUACCUGCCAAUUCCUGCAGUCAAGGUUCUGUUUUUCUCAUGAGACAGUUGCUAUCACUACUAAUUGAAGUCAUUAGAGAGCUAUUCUUUAAAAUGUAUCUGGUGUUCAGUGAGGCCAGAUAUUAUAGAAGAAACGCAGAAACUUCUUGGAAUACAAGUGAAGGAGGAACUUGUUUAAAAAUAUUUAUUUGUAAUUUUUAACUCCUCACAGACUGGCUUGGGAUCUUAAACAAGUAACUUACUCCAUUUUUUUCAAGAUUUUUGGUUUACCUUUAAACAAAGAUGAAAGGCAAUGCCCAUUUAAGGUAAACAAAGAUUAAUAGGAAGAAGUAAAGCUAGUUUUAUUAAUGUGCUAUAAAUUGUUAGCAGGGUUGAGGGACCAUGUCAGCUGUUAUCACUAAUCUUUGUGAUUCCCUAUUUGCUGGCAUUUUAACAGGUGAAUGUUGUUAUCUAGGACUGUCAGAAAGUAUAAACCAAGCUUAUAACAAGGUCAGCUUUUCUUCCAUAAUAGAAUAUUUUUAGAAAAAAAAACUUGUUUUAAAGUAGUACCAUUUUAAAUUUGUUUUUCUUUCUGAGGCAUUUAAAAGCUAAACAGAUUGCCAAAAAAAUUUUAGGUAAAGGAAAGCUAUGGAAAACUUUUGACGCUAGCUUUAUUGUUGCUUGUGCUUACGUGUCAGUAAUGCAUAUUAACUGUGUUUGCUGUCCUUUAUCAGUACAAAAGUGAGCCUGUGCCUUCAUUAUCUAACCCAUCCUGAAAGAAGUGAAAACUGGAUAUAGAGCCCACAAGAUGUAGUUUUUUAAAUUACAUCAUCCUGACAUUCAAUACAAGUUUCUGAAAAAUAAUUAAAAUACAGCCACAUAUUUUAUACGCUAUUAGUUGUUAAGUUUUUUAUGACUUUUUCCCAGCUUGUGCAUUCCCAUUUAAUAAACAAACACAAAGGCUGUGGCCAUGAAAAUAGUGAGCGUAAACCCCAUUUCAGUUUCUCAGAUGAAUAAAGGACACUGUUUCCUUAAUGCAUGUUUAAGACAAUCUACAUAGUCAGACGAGUACAAGUUACAAGUCACCAAUGAAGCUUUACAGAACAUCUUGACAAUAGUAUGCUUCCCUGUGUGAUGGUACAAGUAACAAGAAGAUUAACAGGUUACAACACAUGAAGAAACUGGAUGGGCAGGGCUGGAGCGGGGGAGGUUUUUAACAAGACUGUAAGUGGAUGAUGAGGUUUGCUGUCAAUGGUGGCAUUGUAACAGUGUGCACUUUAUUGUUUUCUGAAGAAUAUUUGUGGUUACAAAAUUGUAAAAUACAGGGGCACUCUUACAGAAAUGCAAAUUACAUCAAGGAAGAAAAGCAAUUUCAGGAGGAGUUGCUCAGACUUUUUGUAAAUGAUCCAUUUUCUGGUUUCAACAUAGAAAGGUAAAUCAAUUUGACUACGUGUUCCAGUGUGGAAUAAGUCCUGAAUUGUCCAUAAGGAAGCAAGGCAAAACAAACCUGAACAUACAACAUACUGAAAUGUGGGAGCACAAUUGCUCAUUACCCUGUGUUUGGCUUUUUAAAAUAUUUUGUUCUUCUGUUUUUAUAGUAGUUAAAGUAUAAUUAACUCUUUGUUCAAGACCGCAAAUACUGCAGGAUUGGAAGAAGAGGACUUAAUAAAAAUUAUUGGUAGUAAUAAAAUUAUAGCAUAUUCUUUCAUACUUUAUUAAUAUCAGAUUGACCCAUGAGCAUGUGUGAGAGCUGAAAAAGAAGUUUUGGGCUCUGAAUAGUAAGUAAUUGAGCAUGCCAUGAUUUUUUGCAGAAUUUUCUCAAAAAAAGAAAAGGAGUAAUUGUGGCACCUUAGAGACUAACAAAUUUAUUUGAGCAUAAGCUUUCGUGAGUUACAGCUCGCUUCAUCGGAUGCUUUAGCUCACGAAAGCUUAUGCUCAAAUAAAUUCGUUAGUCUCUAAGGUGCCACAAGUACUCCUUUUCUUUUUGCGAAUACAGAGUAACAUGGCUGCUACUCUGAAACUUCUCAAAAAAAGACAGCGUAAGUCAGAAGUUUUUGGUUCAGAAAUAAUUAAGAAAAAUUGAUUAUGCAUUCCCUUUGCAUUAGUUGGACAUCUGAGCACAAAGAAACAUUUUCUGUCUUUCAAAAAGAUCCCGUCCAGAGUGUGUUCAGUUGGAAUUAAUAUUAGGGAUAUUAAUUUUGCUGCACUCAGCAGCAGCAACAAAAUAAGUUACUGAAGAAUUACAACAUUUUACAAUCUCGCAAUAAUUCUCAUAGCUUCUUUCCUAUCAAGAAUCCUCCCACCUUCAAAAAUUAAUAAAAUUACAGAAACAAAGCCAUACGAGUAUAAGUAAAUUUAAUAGUGUAAAAGUGUAUAGUUGCUUAUAGAAAACUUUUGACACAAUAUAUUGUAAACUAUAAUAUACACAUAUCGAGCUAGAUGGUGAUUGUAUCUUUAAGGGAUUUCUCCAUUUGUUAGAAGAGUAUAUGUGGACCCUAGUUCAGUCCUCCUUACUCAAUAAAAUUCCUAUUGACUUCAUUGAGCCUGUUGUCCUAGUAAGGAUGGCUGAAUUGGGGGCCGUAAUUAUGUCACUCCUGUUUCUUGAACAAUAUGUUAAAUCCAGAAUAAAGGAACCUUUCAAAAAGCUUAAACUUGGAUAUAGAAGCCUUUUUGGCACAUAUAUAAUCAUAAAUGCGUACCUUUCAUCGUUUAGUGAGCUUGUUUCUUUUUUAAAUUGAGUCUAUAAUGGGGAGGGAUAGUUUAGUUUAUUUGAGCACAGAUAAAUAGGACAUUACUAAAUAUGAAAAAAUACAGAUUUUACGUCUUUAGUUCGUUUUGCACUUAUUCCAGACAAAUGCCCAUUUAACUAAGCACUCUGUUGAACAGACGUACGUUGGUCUCCAUUUAUUUAAUAUGAAAGCAAUUAAUGGUUUCUAGAUACAAUCUAUCCAGGUAACCAGAAACUGGAAAAUUACAAAAUGUCUUAAAUUGUUUAAAAUAUUUCGCAGCACUUUACCUAGUAUGAUUACUGUUUUAUAAACAUGAAAUAAUUAUUAUUAUUAUUAUUAUUAUAGUAAUUGUUUGUAAAACCAUUUAAUAAAUAUGGUAGUUUUUAUCUUUCAUUAUAUAAAAUUGUAUGUUUAUUCCAAAAAAAUAACUUAAGUCAAGUUAA